AUCUGCAGUUGUGAUGAUACAUUCCAGGAACUUCUGAAGAGUUUCGGACAUAAAGGACGUCGCUUCUAGCAGCCACCGGGAAAUUUAGAAGUGAAAUAAAGGAGACAAACCAACCCAAACGUAUGAAAGAGUUAAUAUCAGACUGAGGACUAGGUUCCUCUCCAUUUCUGCAAAAAACAUCAUCACACGUUUGACACAAAAUACUGGGAAACAGAAUGCCAGCCAAGACACCCAUGUACUUAAAGACAUCCACACCAAAGCGAGGCAAGAAGCAGAAAAUACGGGACGUUCUUUCAGGAGACAUGAUAAGCCCGCCGCUUGGUGAUGUGCGUCACAGUGCCCAUGUCGGGCCUGAGGGAGAAGGGGACAUGUUUGGUGAUGUGGGAUUCUUGCAAGGCAAACUCAAUAUGCUUCCAACCCUCAAUCAAACGCCUAGCUCUCGUUCUCACAGUAUUGACAAAAGAAUGGAUGAGAUCUGCGAUGUGAAUAGCAAGAGCCACACUUACCAUCGCAGUCAUAAUUCACAACACAAUUCUCUCCUCAAAACCACCAUCUCCAUGCCAGUGUUCAUCGCUCCUGUGCAGCCUCCUCCUAAACCCCCACGACUGCAUUUAGACGAGCAGCCGUCCCCUGUCCAUAAGCAGCAGAAUCACCAUCACAGUCCCAUGCAGCAGCGCUCCAUGUCUGUGUGUGAGGAAGGGAUUGGGAAGCGCAGGGAUCCCUGUCGUGACCUCUCUCUCUCCGCCUCCAUUGCAGUCCUGCCGCACAUGGUGCCUUCCACGGGCUCCUUAUCUGAGGCUUCCUCGGAUGACUCCAUGUCGGAAGGCUGCGGUCCGCUGGAGCCAAAACGAGGCUUGAGUCUGGACUCUGAUGCAGGGCUUAGUAAUGAGGACCUGCGGAGCGAACACUGUGAAUCUCCCGCUAUCUCUCCCAGCAUAUCACGCUCGGAGUCUCUUAUGGGUUUGGACCUGGACCUGGGACCGUCCAUUUUGGAAGAUGUUCUUAGGAUCAUGGACCGUUAUAAGAGUGGUCCAUGUUAUUGGUCAUUCUAG